AUGGCAGGCUAUCUGCCGGGGUAUCUAGUUCCAGGAUAUGGCUACGGUGUGCCACCCACCCAGCCGUAUGGAACGGCCACUCCCUACGGAGCACCACCGGUGCAACCCUACGCUCCAGUAGCCAAUCCCUACGUUGUGCCUUCUACGCCCUACGCUCCCGGCCACACGCCAAGGGACAAGCCCUCCAAGGACAAGCACAAGCCCCAUGGAAGUGGAAGCAGCUCGGGUGGUGCUCCUUUGCCUUACUCCGCCUAUCAACCGUCUUCGGCACCACUGCCCUCUAGCUAUCCACCGGCUUCCGCCCCACCGCUUUUCGGCUACCCACCGUAUGGAAUCCCUUUCGCCUCUCUAGUGCUGUUGGCAUUCCCUCCGGGAAUUGAUCCCAACAUUGUCGCUUGCUUUCAGGCGGCCGAUCAGGUGACUCCAUAUAAUAUCAGUGCUUGUUCCCUCUACCCAUCUCAAGACUCUCAACUUCAUCAAGAAUGA